ACAUUCUCUUAAUUUCUAAUCUUUCGUGGACAGUUACUUUACGCCUGAAGUUGGAGACGCACACGAUAGAAGGAGAUGAGUGAAGAUAUCCAAUGAGGUUUGAGAUUCACACCAAGUUCCAGUUGCUCCAGUAAAUUAUGCUUCGCAAUCUAUAAAAGGCUUCAAAGGAAAGUGAAUCGCCUCUGAAUCUUCAAACCUAAGGAACGUCUAGCAGCAAUAUGAAACAAGUUCCCUGUGAUUUUAUAUAUUCAUACAAAGUUCAAGCCUUGGAGCAAGCUUAAGCUUCGUAGAAAGUGCAAUUCUGGCAUAAACUGGAAAUCCAUAGCGGUUAGUCCUAGUAAUCAUGACCACAAAAUAAGGUCAGGCUUCACAGCAAGUUGAAGGACCGUGGUAGGUUGUGGCUCUAGCAGACUGCAGACCUGUUGUGAAGUCGUGCUACACCGUAAGCUCAAGCCCUAUAACAAUCUUACCUUGGUUGAUCGUUGUUAAAAGGUUAAACCCCCUGCUACAAAAUGGCUAGUUCUAGCAUACAGGGAAGACGCGUUCUGGAAACUGAGGCAAGUAACUUUCACCUUCGCCUUCUUUGCACUGUUUUGGAACCCUCACGGCGACCACUGAUGCGUAUUUUCAAAGAAAUGACAAAGGGGAAAUCUCCAACUGAAAACUUUAUAAAAUAUUUGGAAAGUAUUAAUGCACCCAUGAAAAAUACACUCAACAAGACACAAAAAGACGCAAUUAAAAAUGAUCCAUCCUGCACUUCUUUUGAUAUUACUCUGUUGUUUCGUAUAAUUCAAGAUUACUGUGAUAAAGUUAAAGACAAGGAUGACCCAGCUUGGACAACAGUUGACACUCUAGAGUACUGUAUUAAGUCCAUCAAAGACAACAGGAAUAAUGUAAUGCAUAGGGCUCCGGUUCUUGAUAAAAAUGAGUUUGACGCCAGAGUCUGUUCAUUGCAAGAGCUCCUCAAAAAAACAUGGAAGAAGAUUGAAGAUACCUUUGGCACUGAUACACGGCAGGAAGUCCUGGAUAUGGAAGAAGAUUUGAAGAUAAUCAAGGAAGCACCCUUUGAGGACUUGCGUGUUUAUUUCAAAGAGCUGCAAGCUUUGAUGGACAAUGAAGGAGUUACAAGAAUGAAAGAGCAAUACAUGGACUACCUUUCGGAGGCUCCUGAUGUUCAUCUACUGGAGGAUAGUCCGGGGACGCGUAAGCAGACGAAAAUAUUAGACGUCUUCACAGAAAUGCAGAUAAUUCAUAACCAGAGGAUAGAGAAGAUAGACUUUAGAGACUGGCUUACGGUACUAGAAAGAGAACGAACCAAAGAGAAUACGAGCAAAUUCCUCCUUGUUGAAGGAGUGGCCGGUGUUGGCAAGACAACUCUAACCAGGAAGAUUGUUCUUGAUUGGUCGGGUGGGGACAACACAAUGGACCAGCUACUUGAUUAUGAGUUACUAAUAUACAUGCAGUUUCGGGAGCGACACGUUAAAUCUCUGCCCGCACUGUUCUUGUCUGUAAUGCCAACUAUGAAAGACCAAGUGGACCCAGAAUAUCUGAUGCUGCUAAGUGAAGGCAAAAACAUCAUAUUCAUAUGCGAUGGCCUGGAUGAAAAAAAUGAUGAAUCCCAGCAACUUUUCAAGGAGAUUCUCCAUUAUGGGGAAAAAAUGCCAAUCACUGUAAUAUGCACUACACGCCCAGAGGAAAUUGACAGACUCGUCAUAAGUAGUAAAUAUGCUUACCUACGUAUUAAAGUAAUAGGAAUUUCUGAAGAAAACAGGAGUGCAUUCAUAACUAAAUACUUUAAAGCACGAGGACAAGGUAGAGAUAUCAAGCCUCUAGUUAAUUACCUAAAUAAAACAGCAGUUCGCCUUCAGGAGCACUGGAGGUUCCCAUACAACCUCAUGUGUCUUGCCAUGUUGUGGAUUCUCUCACCAACGAGGAUCAACACCUUGACAACAGCAACAGAGCUGUUUGAGGCCACUCUGGAUGAAAUUAUAAAGAAACUGAACAGCAGGCAAGCUGGCAAAGACAUACCACUUGAGGACAUGGAAAACAUCAUGGAAACACUAUUCCAUGUGGCUCUCAUUAACCAUAGAACCGGUGUCAUUAUGCUGCCUGAUGGUUCACUACAGACACUGAGGAACGAGUGUGAUCGCAUGAAUCUAUACUGGGAGAACAUAGUGAGUACAUUCCUCAUCCAAACUGUUUCAUGGUCAGACAGGAAAGAUUCCAAUUUUAGUUUCCCACACAAAGGUUUACAGGAUUUUUAUGCAGCCAAAAGUAUCCUAAAGAAACUCCAGGCAAGCUCACCAGAUAAAAUAAAGGUAUUAUCUGGCUUUAUGAACCUUCUCAUAGAAAGUGGCUAUCGGUCAGAUCGCAGACACUUUAUUCUUAGCCAAGUAGAUGUUUUACUGGACCCUGAAAACCCCAAGACCAUUCGUGAUGUUUUGCUACAGAGAGAAGAAGGUUCCUCUAGCUCUCAUGUGGAAGACCUCAUCAGAAGGUCACAGAAUGUCCUCACUCAUUUGGUAGGCAUUCUACAUUAUAGAAGUAAAACCAUUGCAGCAGAACGAGCAGAAGAGUUAGUCCAGCUGCUUAAAGAAUGUGGAAUAACAAGUGAGACACAAUGGCUGGAUCUCCUCGAGCUGACAAGAUGCGAUGGCACCCUUUGUAGGCUGAUUGCCCCACAACUUUUACAAAGUGAUAGCAUCACAGUUGAGGACUCCCGCGUACAGGCCUAUACUUCAAUACUCCCUCACUGCACUAACGUUGACAGCAUUAGUGUGAGCAUUGCCAAAGACCCACAGGACAUUCCUUGUCUGAAAGAGCUCCUAAGAAUCAUCGCUGGGAAGCAGUGGAAGUUAAAUCUAUACCUUUCUCAUGAAUAUAAACACCCGAAGCCUGAUGGCAGCAGUAUGGAGGAUGACAUACAUCAGUUCAGUGUGUGUCCGGUGGAGAUAUUCCGAGGCCAGCUGAGUUCCUCCUCCCUCGCGUCGCUGCCCAAGAGUUUGACGGGACUCUUUGUCUCCGUGGCGACCACUGAACAAUACAUGGAUAUAAGGCCUUUUCUCUCAGAGCUGGAUAGUCGACUUCCAUGCUUGAAAAAAUUUUGUUUACAUUUACCUGCAGAAAACGUGGACACGGAGAAACUAAAGCCACUUCCACAGAAGAAAAUGCUGAGGCUGUCCAUGCAAACCGACAUAGUUCAAGAACAAAACCUUAAAUGGGCUUGUGAAGCAGCCAGCAAAUUGCAGCCUGAAGAUGGCCGGCUGGGCGUACUGAUCCUGCACCGGGCGGGCGAUAUAGCGGACAAGGCGAUCGAGGCGCUGAAGCAGGAGGGCGUGCGGCUGGCCCGCCUGGAGGUCACGCCCCGGCCAGACAAAGAGAAGCCCUUCCGGAAGAUGGCCAGGAAGAUGCUCGGCUGCGAGUUCGUCCCGUGGACGCCAGCUUAUGAUGGUGAUUUAUAAAGCC